CUUCCGGUUGUCAGAAUUUCCCAGACGCGGCGACUGCCGAGGAGGAAAAGCUGUGUGGCCCGAGGUCGCCGUGGCCCCAGGGGUGGUGGGCUCCGGGUGGGCCCUUCUCAUCCUGCCCCGCCUGCGAUGCAUCCGCGGCGCCCGGACGGAUUCGAUGGCUUGGGCUAUCGGAGUGGUGCCCGGGAUGAGCAGGGCUUUGGCGGUGCUUUCCCUGCAAGGUCCUUCAGCUCCGCGUCGGACCUGAGCCACUGGGUGACAACUCCCCCAGACAUCCCGGGUAGCCGCAACCUGCACUGGGGCGAGAAGAGCCCGCCCUACGGUGUGCCCGCCCCCUCCACCCCGCUCGAGGGUCCAGCGGAGGAACCCUUUCCCGGCGGCGGCGGCGGCGGCAGCGUGCCCGGGCAGAGCAGCGAACAGUUGAAUAGAUUUGCUGGAUUUGGUAUUGGACUUGCAAGUCUUUUUACAGAAAAUGUACUGGCCCAUCCCUGCAUUGUUCUACGCCGCCAAUGUCAGGUUAAUUACCAUGCUCGGCAUUAUCAUCUCACUCCAUUUACAGUCAUUAAUAUUAUGUACAGCUUCAACAAAACUCAGGGACCAAGGGCUCUUUGGAAAGGAAUGGGAAGUACAUUUAUUGUUCAGGGAGUCACACUUGGAGCAGAGGGAAUAAUCAGUGAAUUCACACCUUUACCGAGGGAGAUUUCACAUAAAUGGAAUCCUAAACAAAUAGGAGAACACCUUCUACUGAAAUCCCUAACUUAUAUAGUGGCAAUGCCUUUUUAUUCAGCAAGUCUAAUCGAAACAGUACAGAGUGAGAUAAUUCGAGACAAUACUGGAAUUUUGGAAUGUAUUAAAGAAGGAAUUGGAAGAGUGAUAGGCUUGGGAGUGCCUCACAGCAAACGACUACUUCCGCUUCUUUCCUUGAUCUUCCCUACGGUGCUGCAUGGGGUUCUUCAUUAUGUCAUCAGCUCAGUCAUUCAGAAGAUUGUCCUGCUAAUUCUAAAGAGAAAGACUUAUCAUAGCCACCUAGCUGGGAGCACUAGCCCGGUGCAGAGUAUGUUGGAUGCUUAUUUUCCAGAGCUUAUUGCUAACUUUGCUGCCAGUCUUUGCUCUGAUGUUAUACUUUACCCAUUGGAAACAGUUUUGCACCGCCUUCACAUUCAAGGAACACGCACAAUAAUUGACAAUACAGACCUUGGCUAUGAAGUGCUUCCAAUUAAUACACAGUAUGAGGGAAUGAGAGACUGUAUCAAUACCAUAAGGCAGGAAGAAGGAAUGCUUGGUUUUUAUAAAGGGUUUGGUGCUGUUGUAAUACAGUACACGCUGCACGCAGCUGUUUUACAGAUUACCAAGAUUAUUUACUCUACACUUCUUCAAAAUAGUGUUUGAGAUUUAGAUUCCUGGUUAGUCUGAAAGACAUCGUCUGGAUACUUCAUUAUGAGAUUAUGAGGGAUAAGAGUGAAAUACCGUUGGUGGGAAAUGGAUUAGAAAAUGAAACUGGUAGAAAAAGUCCAUGCUGAUUAUAUUGACUCUUCACUUUUUAAAAAGGUUAUUGGUAUAUAUUUUGGAUUCAAGGUAUUCCAAAUUUGAAAACUGAAUAAAGACACUCAUAUGAAUUAAAUUCUAGCUAGUGUAGCACUAAUGCUGAACUAAAAAUGAUCUCGGGAAGAAGCAAAAUUUUGUCAGCAAACUGAAAACAAAAUCUCACAGAGCUGAAUUUAUUUCAUAUGACUUUAAUGUUUAUUACAUGUUUAGUUCACCUUCUUCUAGAUUGAUAUUGGUAUGUCAUUCUUAAUACAGUGUAUAGUAGCAAGAGGUCAUAGUUUACCUUUAUGCAAAUAAGUUAUGUUAUCAGUAACAUGGACAAAAAGGAUUAGAUUUGGCAAUCUGUAAACAGGAGCUGAGAGUUUUAAAUUGCACUGUCCCUGUAUAACUUUAAUGGCUGUACAUUUAUUAUAUAAAGCCACUUAUAUGCGUACAUAUAACUUGGAAUUUCCUUCAUCCCUACAAAUUUUCCACUCUUAGAUCAGCUUACUGUAUAAAAUGCAGUUAUGUAUUUUCUGCUUGAAUAUCCGAACAAAACAUUAAAAGCCAAGGUACCCCAAAGAUUUAAGGCAAACAGCUUACUUGUCCAUAUGCAAACCCACCGUUUCAGUGCCAGCAACUUAGAAUUUGUCAUAUGUCAUAAAGUUUGAUUUGCUUAUCCAGCCUUAUGAAUCAUCAGACUGUUUUUAGAGCCACUUUUAACAGAGAUAGAAUAUAAAAUAAUCAUGACAACUAUUCCUGCUUCCACAUUUACAAAUUGUGUACUAAAGUGAAUGUCACUUGCCAUUCGUUUCUGAAUGACUUGGCUUAGAGGAGACGCGAUUAAAAUUCACCUGGGAAUUUGUGCCUCUUGCCUUCCAUAAAGUCAUCAUUAAAUGAUGGCUUCAAUUUUUAUUUUCUUUUAGUUUUUGUUCAUAGUUUCAUUCUCCAAACUAGAUAUACAUAAAGGGAAAUGCAGGUUUAUCCUUAUCACCUUUUACUGAAAGUUGUUUGGAUGAAUACUGAUGAAAAAUAGAAACCUUAAAGGAAGUUUUUCCUUGCUUUUUAUGGGUUAUGAAAAGAAGUACAUUUCAACAAAUAAUAAGCAAAAAAGUUGGUCAUCAGUUUAAUAAAAAAAAUUCUGUCUGUUCCUAAAUUGAAUUUGGUGGGUGAGGCUCUUCAUAUAGUAAAAUGAUAUGCAUUUGAUUAAUCCAUCAUUAAAGUUUCAUUUCCUCAUGUGAAUGAUCAGUUUUACUAGGAACCAUUUAGCACACUGAAGUACAGUGACUUUGCACUGAUGUUGUCCAACCUAGAAUGCAGGUUCUAUUUUACUGAGAUCUAUUUUACUUACUAAAUGUCAGCGAAAUGGUUACUUUUUGUGAUUAAUAAUGUUGGAACCAAAAAAUGACAUCCAAAAAGUGUGAAACAAUACAUUUGUGGCAACUCUCUCUACUAUCUUGUGUAUGUGUGGUUUUUUUUUUUUUAAUGACUAAAACAUGUAAGUUUUCCAUUUUUCCAUUCUACCAUGAGAGAGAAAAUAAAAUUAAACACAAGUUGUACUCGUCCAGAUUAUGGUUUACCUUGUCCAGUUUACAGCAUUUAAAUUGUUCUCAUUGCUUUUGAAUUACUAAGUAAAUUUUUAGAUGUUUAUAAUAUGUCCAACUUCCUAAAAACCUUUCCUUUUUAUCAUAAUCAAAGAAGAUAGUUUCAGACAAGAGUAAACGUCUGAAAAUUUCAAGUUUCAGAAAAUUUCUAGAAGAACAGAAUCUGAAUGGAAUCAAGUAUCUACUAGUGAAAAUCU